CACAACUUGAGUCAUUUUUUUUUCAAUGAGUACAGAAUAUAUGCGAGCGAAAUUUGCUAAAGGAGCAAGGGAGUUCUAUCCUACUCGUAUAAAUACCUCUCUUCUUUUGUUGUAUGUCCUUUUUUUUUGUUAUCUUUAAGAUGGACGAUAACAGUAAGCAACAAUAUGAGGAUAAGCCAAGUACUGCUAUCCAAUUUUCGGAUAUUCAAGAGGUCAAAACUAAAGAUACACAAAAUAAUGCUGCUAUGAAAAAGAAACUCAAGCGCACACCAUCAAGUGCUAGCCAUGCUAUCAUUGCCUACAGAACGCUUUCCAUUACAGUUUCUGAAAAUCAAGCCAAAGAUGUCAAACGUCAAAAGAAAUCAAAAAAAGAUUUAGCUGAAGACUUGACAAACGCCAAAUACCAUAAACUCUCUAUUCUUGAAGUGAAUCAACAGUAUAGAACAAACACAGAGCUCGGUCUAGAGACUAGUCAGGCCGUGAGUCGUGUUUCUGAAUACGGAAAGAACACUAUUUCUCCUCCUCCGAGUAAUUGGUUAAGAAAGUUCUUUCGUUACUUCUUUGGAGGUUUCUGUAGUUUGUUGUGGUUUGCUAGUAUUAUUUGUUGGAUCUCAUGGAAGCCCUUGGGUGAGCCUGCACCUUCCCCUCUCAAUUUAGCGCUAGCUGUUAUCUUGAUGUUUGUUAUUUUUCUCCAGGCUUUUUUCAAUGCUUGGCAAGACUGGUCCACUAGCCGAGUUAUGAACUCGAUCAACAAUAUGCUUCCCACACAAACACUGGUGCUAAGAGACGGAAAGAUUGUGACUAUUGACGCUUCUAGCUUGGUUCCUGGUGAUGUUGUUCACAUUAGAAUGGGAAACAAAAUUCCUGCUGAUUUGCGUCUUAUACAAGUAUCUGACGAUUUGAAAUUUGAUCGCUCUGUUCUGACUGGUGAAUCUGAAGCCAUCCCUGGUACAGUUGAUGCUACUGAUGACAAUGUCUUGGAGAGUCACAAUGUUGCUAUGAUGGGCACUCAUUGUUUAAAUGGGUCUGCUGUUGGUGUUGUUGUUUCCACUGGUGAUAAUACACUCAUGGGUAAAAUUGCGCGAUUAUCUUUGUCUGAUCCCAAUGUCCGUACUACACUCCAAGUGGAAAUUUUGAGAUUUGUGAUUAUUAUUGCUGUAUUGUCUAUCUCUGUAGGUGUGAUCUGUUUGAUCACUUGGGCUGCUUGGCUAAGACGUGAUUAUCCAGACUUUUUAUCUGUGUCCAAUGCUUUGAUUGCUGUUAUCAGUGUCAUUGUGGCUUUCGUGCCUGAAGGUAUGCCUAUUGCUGUUACCUUGUGUCUCACUUUAAUCGCACACCGCAUGCAAAGAAACAACGUACUUUGUAAAGUACUGACUACGGUUGAAACUUUGGGUAGUGUUAAUGUCCUAUGUUCCGACAAGACUGGUACUUUGACAGAGAACAAAAUGUUUGUUUCUGAUGCUAGUAUUGGUACUGAAAGUCUUACUUCUACUACCUGUAAAGAGAUUUACUCUUCCAACGAUAAGGCUACCGACGACUUGGUUCCACAAUUACGUCAAAUUCAACUGACUUCUGCUCUUUGUAACAAUGCUACGUUUGAUUCUGCCACUUCCCAUCUUCCUGUUCCUGAACGUAUCGUAUUUGGUGAUGCUACUGAUUGUGCUAUCUUACGUUUUGCUGAAAGCAUGGAUCCUUCUAAAGCUACUGUCCAUAGUAUUCGUUCAGAUACUGAAAAAGUCUUUGAAAUCCCUUUUAAUUCUAAGAACAAAUGGAUGAUGGCUAUCUGCAAACCUACUAAAAAAACGUUGGCUAAUGCUCUCUCUACAGCAUCUACUACACUUUCUCUUGAUGACUGGGUCUUGUUCUGCAAAGGUGCCCCUGAUGUUAUUUUAUCAAGAUGUACAAAAAUCUUGCUUCCCAAUGGUACUGAAGAAGUCUUAUCAGAGAAACGUACUGAAUUGCUAUUGAGUUUGCAGUCAAAAUGGGCUAGCGAAGGCAAACGUGUCUUGCUCUUGACUCGUCGUAUUAUAAAGUCUGAAGAAACCCCUGAAAAUACGGUUACUGGUAGUUCUAGUUUUGCUACCUGGGCUAAUACCAUGAACCAAGAACUCACUAUCAUUGGCAUGAUUGCUAUCGUGGAUCCUCCUCGUCCUGAAAGUGCAGAAACUGUUAGAAUAUGUAGAAAUGCCGGUGUUCGUUUCUAUAUGGUAACAGGUGAUUUUCCUAUUACUGCUGCUGCUAUUGCUCGUGAAAUCGGCAUUUUUACUACUGAGUAUCCACACACCAUUCAAGAUUUGGAUCCUGUUAGAAAUAUAGAAGACAUUCCCAAAUAUGUUCCCAAAAAGUUUACCAACAAUGUUCGACAAAAAGACCUUGAAAAUAUGGCUCACUCUGAAUCAAGCAGUACAAUUCACCAAAAGACAGAUCAUAGCAAUGUAUCGGAUAACGAUGAUUGUCGUAGAGCACUUCUUUUGUCUGGUAGUGAUAUGAUCACAUUGAACGACGCUCAGUGGGAACAAGUAUGUCAAUAUGAAGAAAUUGUGUUUGCUCGUACUUCUCCAGACCAAAAGCUUCGUAUCAUUAAGGAAUUUCAAAAGCGAGAAAACGUAGUUGCUAUGACUGGUGAUGGUGUCAAUGAUGCUCCUUCUUUGAAAGCAGCAAAUGUUGGUAUUGCUAUGGGUGGUGGUUCUGAUGUUGCCAUUGAAGCUGCUGAUAUGAUCUUGCUUGACAAGUUUUCUAGUAUCAUUGUGGCUAUCGAAAAUGGUCGAUUGGUGUUUGAUAACUUGAAGAAGGUGAUUGUCUACUUAUUGCCUGCUGGUUCUUGGUCAGAGUUAUGGCCUGUUCUUGUAAAUAUCUUUUUAGGGUGUCCUCAAACGUUGUCUUCUUUUCAAAUGAUUGUUAUCUGUGUCUUUACUGACUUGUGUCCUUCUUUGGCUAUCAUGAUGGAAAAGCCUGAAGCUGGCCUUUUGGACCGUCUUCCUCGUAAGCCUAAGAAUGACCGUUUAGUGAAUGCUCGACUUUUGCUACAUGCUUAUGGCUUUGUUGGUCUUAUGGAGAUGCUCUCUUCUAUGUUUAUGUUCUUUUUGUAUAUGGGUAUGAGAGGCCUUGGUCCUAGUGACAUCUUCUUAUCCUUCUCUGCUUUGACAAGUUCUGAUGGCUACUUGGGAUUUGCAGCUGCUGAAAUAACCGAUAUGAUUAACACAGCUCAAUCCAUUUACUUUGUUAACCUUGUUAUCUGUCAAUGGGGUAAUGUACUUGCUACAAGAACCAGAAGAUUAUCUAUUGCUCAAGCCAAUCCUUUAUGGGGACCUAAUCAGAACCUGUAUUUGUUUGCAGCUAUGAUUGGAUCACUUGCUAUUGCCCUUAUUAUUCUUUAUGUUCCUGUAUUCAAUGUUUAUUUAGGAACUGCUCCUAUUCCCACCAAGUUCUGGUUUAUUCCUUUUGGUUGGGCAGUUCUCAUUAUUACUAUGGAUGAAGGUAGAAAACUUUUAGCUAGAAAAUUUUCCAGCAGUUUUAUUGGAAGACUAGCUUGGUAGACUACCUUUAUUUUUCUGGCUUUCUUUCAUGUACAUACAAUAAUAAACAUUUGUUAAGAACC